AUGCCAAAGGAGGCAGACCACCAUGAGGGUGAAGGAGAAAAGGAGUCAAAGGAGGAGAGGACGCAGGAUGCUCCUGAGGAGGCGGUAAGGAAGAGGGUCCGGGCGAAUACUCCGAGCCCACACAGGGGGAACACUCCUCAAGCCAGCCCCCCCAGGUUUGUCUCUGUGGAGGAGCUGAUGGAGACAGCCAAAGGAGUCACCAACAUGGCUCUGGCUCAUGAAAUCAUGGUCAACCAUGCUUUUCAAGUCAAACCUGCGGAGCUUCCUGAAGGGAGUUUGGAGCGCAGAGUUAAGGAGAUUGUGCACAAAGCAUUCUGGGAUUGUUUGGAAGCUCAGUUGAAGGAGGAUCCGCCAACUUAUGGUCAUUCCAUCAAACUGCUGGCUGAGAUUAAAGAGACACUGCUGUCUUUCUUGCUGCCGGGCCACGGCCGUCUGCGCUCCCGUAUUGAGGAAGUUCUGGAUCUGCCUCUAAUCCAGCAGCAGGCGGAGAACGGCGCACUCGACAUCAAUCAGCUGUCCCAGUUCAUCGUAGGGAUGAUGGGCUCGCUGUGCGCCCCCUGCAGAGAUGAGGAUAUCAAUAAGCUAAAGGAGAUCACCGAUAUUGUGCCUCUGCUCAAGGCAAUAUUUUCUGUGCUGGACCUAAUGAAGGUGGACAUGGCGAACUUUGCCUUGACCAGCAUCAGGCCUCAUCUGAUGCAACAAUCGGUUGAGUAUGAGAGGAGCAAGUUCCAGGAGUUUCUGGAGAAACAACCCAAUGCCUUAGACUACACUGAGAAGUGGCUUGAGGACACAGUUAGAUGCCUGAGAGAGGCCGGAGGGGAUGGUUCCAGUGCUGCCUCCUCUGACCCUCCCUCACUCCUCCCCGUUAAUGUCCAUAAUCAUGCCUAUCUACGCCUGCUGAGGUGGGACCAUGCCUCAGAUCCCUUCCCAGAGACAGUGUUGAUGGAUCAGGUUCGGUUCCAGGAGAUGCAACAGGAGGCCGAGCAAUUAGUUCUUCUCUCCUCUGUGCUCCUCAUCAUCUACACUACCACUGGAGAGGCUAUCUCAGGCCUGCCAGGGCUGAUGGAGACUCUGAAAAACACUGUCAACGUAAUGCUUGCAGACAUGCACAUACCGUCUUUUAGUGCACAGGAGGCCUUAGCGACCCUUGGGGAGAAACUGUGUGUUGAGCUGAGUCAGUGUCUAAGCCAACACGGCUACUCUCCAUUCUCAGCUGACCGAAAGAGCACUCUGAAGGGACAAAUAUCAGCAACCAUCCAGCCAGACAACACAGUCCGCAAGCUGAUGGAGUCUCGGGUCCAGAACUACCUCCUGGCUUCCCUGGAGUCCAGUCAACAUAAGACCCCUCCUCCUCUCCCAGGAGGCCUGGCUCCGGUCAGCAGGGAGCUGAAGGAGCUCGCUGUUCGCUUCAGUCGGCUCGUCAACUUCAACAAGCUGGUCUUCUCCCCGUUCUACCAGAAGAUUCUUCAUAAAAUAGUGUCAGCAGGGGAGAGUCCCGGCACAGACACGUAAACACUGACAUGGCAAGUAAGAGUGACGUGGAGAGUGGUCUGUAGUUUUGCAAUUUCCCCUCACUAGUAACGGUUAAGAUUUAGAGAAACGAGUUGAGGAAGCUGAUCUGUAUUCAGCAGGUAAAGCCAGCCCCCUAGAGUGUGCACCACAAACCACCAUAAUCUAAAAAUGCUGGCUGCCAUCUCAGUUUCAUUAACUCACAGUGUUGCUUCUUUGAUAAAAUCUCAGGCCUCAUAACCAUCCAGCCAUCUUGAAUUAAGUUGUUUUCAGUAUUACUAGCAGGGCUGGGUAUCAUUAAAAUAGCAUGAUAUCCAAGUCAAUACAAUACCCGUGUUUUAGAACCAGUACUAAACUAUACUUAGUGUUCAGGUAACUAUACUGUGCAGAGUAGAAACACAUUUCUUUCUGCAAAAAACAAACAAAAAAACGGUCAUGUACAGUUUAAAAGUAACAAAAUAUGACUUUCUUUGAAUUCUAAAAAAUCGAAUUAAUGUUUAAGUCAGCAAGACAAAGGAUCAAAGCCUUUAUCAGGAUAUUAGUCGUCAUUGGCCAACAGUUCUCAGUGUGAUUCGUCUUCAGUCCUUUAUUAAUGUUCUUAACCUGGACCCAUGGCGGUUGUGUCUUUAAGGGAGCGCAAGAGGUGUGUCAACCUGUCAGGAGUUGCAGGGAGAUAGCGUUCAGGCAGAGACAUGCGGGCACAUUCCAUGCAAGGAGAGACGCCUGAGGAACACUUGAUGACAAUAAGAUUAUUAAGAGAAAGUUGCACAUUAAUACGCUUAUUCGUUUACUCAAUGAUAGAAAAGGAGUCCUUAAAGGCAAAAGGUUGGAAGCCACUGGCCUAGAAAACUCACUGAAUCAACAAGACUGCAGGAACUGUACCUGAUCUUUUUAUCUAACCCUGCAAGAAGGGAAUAAUCCUAUAUCCCAAAAAAUGUGCAACUAUUCUUUUAAAA